AUGAGGAGUUUCAUCUUGAUAACAGCUUUGUCUCUUUGCAGUCUCAGCUGGAACUUUGUUUCAGGUUCUGAGUUUCAGAUUGUGCAGGUCCAGCCGGGGGAAGAAGUUACACUGCGAUGCUCAAAGAUUUCUGGAAAUCUAGUAGCGACGGGCUGGUUCAGAGUGAUCAACAAAACUAAGCCCAGCUGUAUUUCCUCUGUGAUUGAAUCUUGCAGUGAACCUUCAUUCUGUUAUGGAUUUAAAAAUGGACUCUUUGAAAUGAGUUCAAAUGUUACCUCUGUCUUUCUCAAAAUAAAGCAAGUGAAUAUAUCUGAUGCUGGGCUGUACUUCUGUGGCUUUUACACAAGUGCACACACAGUAUUUUCCAGUGCAACAGAGUUAAGAAUCCAGCGUAAGCUUGAUUUUUCUCUUUCAGUUCAGUUUGUACAUCAUAUGUGGCACUGUGGUGGCUCCAAUGAUACAGAAGAUUUUAAAACUGAAAAAGGGCCUGAUAGAGUUACAUACCCGAUGAGCAUCAUGCUGGGUGUUGUGACUGCUUUACUGACUAUAGUGGUUGUUAUUCUGGUUCUAAAAAUCAGGAAACUUCAAACAGCUGCACAUGAUGAACUUCAGCCAGAAAGAAGCACGGUAAACCCCUUUUUUUCUUUCUUUCUUUAUGAUUUGAAUUAUGCAGCUCUGAGUUUCCAGACAAAAGCCAAAAGAAGUUGGAGGCCUGCGACACAGAGAGAACUGGAGCCCCAUGUUGUGUAUGCCGCCACAAGAUAGACUCAGCA